AUGGCUACUAUUCGAAAAGAAAUAAUUACAGCUACAAUUAAUAGAGUAUAUGCAUUAACAGAUAUCCAUAAUAGUGUAGAAAAACAACAUGAAUAUAGAAUGCAAACAGUACUUGCUGACAAAUCUCUUACAAAGGAUGAAAAAUCAUAUGCAGUAAAAGAAUUAAAUGUAGGGUUUGAUUAUAUUAAAAUUCUUUUAAAUGAAGGCAAAAAAAGAAUUUGUGAAAAUUGUCAAGAUGAAUGCUUAGCUACAUUAUAUUGUGAACAUUGUAUUCGAAAUUAUUUAAAAGAAAAUUUUUCAAACUGGACAUCUGGAAACAAUGAUGUUGAUAAUUUAAUAAAAAAAUGUCAAAUAAAAGCACUUUGUCCAUAUAAGAUAAUAGAAUGGAUUCCAUAUAAUAAUUUACAAAAUAUUAAAUAUUUAACCAAAGGUGGAUAUUCUGAAAUAUAUACAGCAGAUUGGAUUGAUGGACGUUACGAAGAGUGA